AGGGAACUGUUCCCAUAACAAUUACCAACUCAUAGGACGAGGCUUGCAAUUAAAUUCCAGAUGCGAAAUCAUUCGAAUACAACAGGAAAAAAAGGUGAAGCAUCAAAGUUUAGAACUUUGCCUGAAUUCAGCAUGUAAUAGAAGAAGCAAUUUGGUGAUAUAUAAAUAUUAUUAUAAGCAAGGGUAUUAUUCAUGCUCUAUGUAUAAAUGUGCAACAAAUGCCGAUGGGUCUGACUGGGAUUAUAGAUGGGAAAAAGGCUUGGAGCAGCAUCCAACAUCAGUUUAUGCUUUACCACAUCAUUCUAUACCAAGAUGCCACAAUUCUUACUUUAUUAGAAGGCCCUGGGAUAGAAAUAGAAAAAGCUAUGCUAACUGCUACAACAGUAUAUAUUUGAUGGUGGAUGAUAUCGAGACAUGUAUGAAAAAUGCGUGUGACAAAAAAGCAAAUGUUUUAGAUUAUUUUAUUGACAACAGAACAUGUCGAAUAAUGAACUGCAACUGGAAAUGGAAGACUUGGGAAAACUUCUACUUUUCAGAAAUAUUGAGACUGAGAUUUUCUGAUACAAUGGUUACAUAUACUCUAUCAUCCCAAGUAACAAGAUGGGAAUCAACUAUCACAACAACAACAUUACAUUAUGACAAAACUGGAUCACCCACAAUACAAGAAAUAUCAACAAGAAAUAUUGAAAAUGUCCUAGAAACUGGCAAUGAAACAUUUACAUCCUUUACAGACCUAAAGGAACAAAUAGAGUCACAAGACCCAUUUUUCAAAAGACUCACAAUGAUACUCAUCGGAAUGGUAGCAAUAUUUUUGGGAUUGAGCACUGUAGCAGUGGCUUAUAUCAUAACUCAAAGAUGCAGAAAAAGGGGACAACCAAUCUCCAGGAAUGUUUCUACAAAUUCUUCAGAUCAUUCAUUUCGGGGAUUUCCGAUCCGCUCGUCAGCAAUCUCAACUGUGAGAAAUUCUUGGAUAUCGUCAUAUAUUUCUGGUUACGCAUACAUAGAUGAAUCGAUGAUGUUACAACGCAUUCCUUAUCUUUAUCAAAAUGAUGACGCUGCACUUUCGAGACAUGAAACAGGAGGCAUUUUCAGACAAAAUGGUAGAAUAGUUCCAGUAGAAAAUAAUGAUAUGCAUGAAGCAAUUCCACUCAGAGAAUUACAGCACCAAAACAAUGAACCUCAGAGACAAUUGUAAAACAGAUCAUGCGGCAGAUGAUAAAAUUGAAACUCCCGUUCAAAUUCUGAACAUAAACUGAGUUAACCGUAAUGCAUGGAGCAUGUUGUUACGUUUUUACAUGUAUAUAGAGACAUGUGACUUGGCUUAUGAAAUAUCAGCUUGGAGUGGAUAUUAAAAAAGAAAUACUAACAAUCUAAGAUGACAUCAUGUCCGAACCUGAAGAGUAAAAAUUACUUCUUAUAUCUUUAGGAUACCGAAAAGCUCCUUGAUGAUAAUUUCUCUAAACUGGC